ACAAACCUUGAAGAGAAUGCAAGCAGUGCCAUGCCGCCGGUAAGCUUGCGCAAAGAGCUGCGUACAUUUGUCGGGCAGGUUUUGCGUGAGGGAGGGGAGGAUCCUUCCCUGGCAAUAGGUGGACGAAAGGGAAAGGGAAAGGGAAAGGGAAAAGGCAAGGGAAAGGGCAAGAGCAAGGGCAAGGACAAGGGCAAGCGAGGGAUCAAGGGGAAGGACAAGGGAAAAGGCGGAAAAGGCAAGGGCAGCAAGGGAGGGGAUGGCAGCCAGAUCCAACGAGUGAGGGAUGGCUCAUCAAGAGCUCCGAGACGAGUGCUCCGCAAGCAGAAACGUGAUGAGAAGAAGGCCAGACGCGAGCAUUUCUUUGGACAUGGCAAGAAUGAGGAGAAUGAGCACGGCCAAGCGAAGGCUGCUGGCAAGGCUAGAGCCUCUCCAAAGAGUACGCUUACAAAGAAGAGAAAGCGUAGAGAUGACGAUGAAGAAAUCACAUCUGAGGAAGAGGGUGAUAAAAAGGGCAAAGAUCCCAAGGAAGAGGAUGAGGAUGAGGAAGCUGCAGAAGGCUCUAAUGAAAGCUUGGAAGAUGCUGAGUCGGAGGAACCCAAAGCCAGCGAUGCGGAAGAUGAGGGUGAAGCCAAUUUGCAGAGUAACUCUCAGUCCUACCUGCCACCUCAUUUGCGAGGACGAGGCGGCGAUAAUGUUCAAUCUUUUCAGCGAACCCUGCGUGGCACUUUGAACCGGGUUUCUGAAGGAAACCUUGAUCCUAGUUGCCAAGAAAUCGUCAAGGUUUUGAGCCAGAUGAUUCCAGAAACGGGUACUGCCAAAGCAGCAGAUGCCUUUACCAGUGCGCUCCUGUCAGCAGCCGUCGAAGAUCCGAAUAUUUCCGUACUAGUCUUGGGCUGCUUUGCCGCUUUGGUUGGGGCAUGCCAUGUGACCUUUGGCUCCUCAUUUGGCGCGGCGGCUUUAUUGAAGUGUCUUGACAUUUUGCAAAUUCGGAUGGGGAUGUCUGCAGAUCAUGACCCCGACGAAGCCACCAACACAGAUGCAAGAAUUGCCAAGAACUGCAUCAUCUUCACCAUGCUAUUAUUCAGUUUUGGGAUUCUGCCUGGAAGCGUGGUUUUUGAUGUGGUGCGAUAUGUGCUGAAGCGGCCGAUCACGGAAGUCUCGGUGGAGCUCUCUCUGACCUUGUUGCGCUAUGCGGGGCGGCAGCUGCGCUCCGACUGCCCGGAGGACUUCCGCGAGGUGCUGCGCUUCGUCACCUCCGAGGCGGAGGCGUCGAGGUCCGCGGAGGUGGAGGCGGCGUCGAGGUCGGGGAUGCAAAGCCGGCUGGAUUACUUGCUGAAGGAGCUCAAUGACUUAAAGAACAACAAGGUGUCCUUCGCAGUGAUGGACCGCUUCAAUCAAACUCGUGGCUGGCUCCAGUCAGCACCCUUGCUGAAGGGUCGCAAGGUCUCGGAGCACAUCCUGGCGGUGCCCUUCCGCGUGCUUCACGAUGAGGUGCCCAGCAACUGGCCGCUGGGAGUGCAGGCGGGAGAAUCCGCAGUACUGGCAAGGUCCAAGAGCUCUGGGUCAAAUCCGCUACGAGAGGCGGCCAUUGCUCAGCGCCUCACCUCCGAGUUGCGCCAGAAUCUCUUCGUUGCGCUGAUGGGUGCAGAGGAUUUCGAGGAUGCGGUGGAGCGGGUGAUUUUGGCGGCAGGAGCUGCAAAGAAUGGACAUUCAGAAGCCUGUGUUGUGCUGUUCCACUGUGCGAUACGUGAGAAGAAGCCGAAUGCUUUCUAUGCCCACGUUGCACAGAGCCUGUGCAAUCGACCAGCUCCGGUGGGGAAGCGUUUCUCUCACAGCAUGAAGAGAGCGGCAGUGCAACACAUUCAGCAGGCACACACCUACGGGGUUCGGGCUGCUGUUUGUUUGGCGGAACUUUGUGCUGCAUUGAUGAGUUCCUCUGUCGGACUGCCAUUGGCCGUUGUGCGUUUCACCCGUUUUGGUGGUGAUGAAGAGGGCGAUGGGCAAGGCAUGCGAGGCGUGUUGGGCCUUUUUCUCCGACACCUGACCGAAUCCCUACUGCAGCGCGCAGUGGAUUCGCAGAUCGCCCCGCUCUUCAGCCCGCUUCGAAAGUACAACGACGUCCGUGAGGGCAUGCUGCUGGUGCUUGAUGGCCAGGUGCGACCGAGACUGCCUUCGCACAACACCAAUCCUUCAAUAUGGGAAAACUUCAGGCUGGCAAGGAAGGAACUUGCGACACCGGGUUCUUCAAACGAUUAGGGCAGCUGG